UCUUCCCCUCUCUUCCUCUCGUCUCCUCGCAAACACAACGAAAACGUGAUGGCUUCGACGACGUCGCUUUUCCUUUCCUUCUCUUCUCUCUACAACCGACCCAAAAUUGCGCAACUCCGAACCCUAAUCCCAUCGCUGAGAAAUCCAAGCCUCCGUCCUCCAAGACUGAAGGCGUUCAGCCGAAGAUGGCGCUCCUUGACGAUCUCCGCAGCUCUCCCUCCUCUCGAUCUGACGGAGGAGAACAUCCGGCAGGUCCUAAUUGACGCCAGGUCGGAGUUUGCACAGCUCUUUGACACAUCAGUUGGCAUAACAGGUCAGGUGGAUCUUGCUGAACUGGAUGGUCCUUUUGUGAAGAUUAGACUGAAGGGUCGAUUUUGGCACAUGCGAAACACAGUUUUAGAACGGAUCAGUAAUUAUCUUAAGAAUCGAAUCCCCGAAAUUCUUGAGGUGGAUAUUGAAGAUGAGAAACAGUUAGAUGACAGCCCGGAAAACUUUUGAGUUGAUCGUCGGUGGAGAAACUUAUGAACACCUGGUACAUAAUCAGCUUAACGAGACGCAUGGUGUUCAAGUCCGUGAAUACCAGUAAUAUCCACUUUUAUAUGUCUGAGAUCCACAUCUAUUAACUGAGUAAUCAACUCUUCGACAAGCUGCUCUACAAUGUUAGGACAUCCUCUGUAUUCUCGAUACCCAACUUAUGAUAAAGUUAAAAAUUAGGCCAAUUAUGGUUGUAUAUAAGUUUCUUAUGUAUCGAAUAAUCAAAAAUUGAUUUAACAUAUUAGUACUAGUAGAAGAAUGACAUGACA